CUCCUGCACUUGUCACACUGCACAAAAGCAAACGCACUCUUCAAGUAGCUACUACUCUGCCAGUGUACUGUCAAAUCUAGAGAUCCUGCGAGAUUCUGUGCAAGUUGCAAGAUGGUUAAGCAAAAGAUUGUUCUCAAGUUGGCACUGGAUGACGAGAGGAAGAGGCGGAAGGCCUUCAAGGCCGCUGUUAGCAUGGCAGGCGUGACAUCCGCGACGAUGGAGGGUGACAAGAUCAUCAUCGUCGGCGACGGCGUCGACCCGAUCACGCUGACAACGGUGCUCCGCCGCGGCCUGGGCUACGCCGAGCUCCUCAGCGUCUCUUCCGGCGACGAUAAGAAGAAGGACGGCUACGGCGCCUAUGGGUACGGCGGGGAAAAGCAGAAGGAUGGCUACGGCGCUUACGGGUACGGCGGGGAAAAGCAGAAGGAUGGCUACGGCACCUCCGGGUACGGUGGGGAAAAGAAGAAGAACGGCCACGGAUACGGCGGAGCGGAUGGUGGAGGCAGCGGCAGUGGCAUGAGCUUUGGCGGCAAGGAGAGUGGUAGCUCCAAGGGCGCCGGCGGCGGUGGAGGCGGCUACCCUCAGAAUGCGGUGGCGCCGGUCUUGUACCCUGCGUACCAGCAGUACAACGCCAUGCCGCCGUCCUACCCUCCUGUUUACUCCUACCCUGCUCCGGCUUACCAGCAUCAAGAACAGGAUCCCGGUUGCAGCAUAAUGUAGGUUCUAAGCUGUUAAAAUCGGCGAGAUCCGGAGAGUUGAUACUCGUGCUCAGGCCCGAGCUGAUCAAGCUAAGAGAUCAGAGGGAUGCUGGCUCUGAGCACUAAGCAGUACAUAUGUACAUGGUUGGUUAGCAAUUAUUGGUAGUUUGCAGUUUUUCAGGCUAUCAGUGCAGAGCGUAGUAGCAACAGAUUGUACACGAGGAAUGAAUAAGAAGGAAAAGUGAUGUGUUUGUUUGUUUCUUUCAAAUU